AUGCUAUUACCUUCGAUGAACCAGAUUGCAUUGAGGUGGACCCACCACUAUUUGCUAGGGUCCAGCAGUGAAGCAAGUAAACAGGAUGACCUUGAGUCUCUUGAUAAUACAUUUGGGAUGAAUAGGUCUACUAGUAAGAAAGAAGAAGCUGAGCAAGUCAAUCCAGAUAUAAUGAAAAAGCCAAGUUGCAGUUAA